UGGCCUCGGGCUCUGCGCCGGAGACUCCUGGCUGAGAUCGGCAGGUGUCUGGAGCGGGCUGCAUUUUCUUAAAACAGAAAAGCCACCGAGGCGCCUCUUCCAGGCCGGCUGACACGCCUGCCUUUUCUCCCCUGCAUUCGCAACCGAACCUGACCCGCCCGCUUCACCCGAACUUCCAUACUGUUGUGUUUUCCCUCCAGCCCCAGCGGAUUGGAUGGAUUCCGAAGGCGGGUCCGCCUCUUUCCUACUUGCUGGUUGGCGAAGCUGACCUCCAAGGGCGGUGCCGCGCCGGGGCCAGUUUGCUCCUGGGAUUGGCUGGUGCGGGGGUUCCGCCGAGGUGUGGUAGGAAGUGGUAGCCGUCAAUCACGAGGGAGACUCCAAACAGUGAGCCUGGAGCUGUAGAACAGCGUUUACCGGCGGAGCGGCCGGUCUUAUGAACGACACGAUGGCUACAGAUUCUCCUAGGAGACCCAGUCGUUGUACUGGUGGAGUUGUGGUUCGCCCGCAGGCUGUCACGGAGCAGUCCUACAUGGAGAGUGUCGUGACUUUUCUGCAGGAUGUUGUUCCACAGGCUUACAGCGGGACUCCCCUAACAGAAGAGAAGGAGAAGAUAGUCUGGGUCAGAUUUGAGAACGCAGAUCUGAACGAUACAUCACGGAAUCUAGAAUUUCAUGAACUGCAUAGCACUGGAAAUGAGCCCCCUCUGCUGGUUAUGAUCGGCUACAGUGACGGAAUGCAAGUCUGGGGCAUCCCUAUCAGCGGGGAAGCCCAGGAGCUCUUCUCUGUUCGACAUGGCCCAGUCCGAGCAGCUAGAAUCUUGCCUGCUCCACAGUUGGGUGCUCAAAAGUGUGAUAACUUUGCUGAGAAAAGACCUCUUCUUGGUGUGUGUAAGAGCAUUGGAUCUUCAGGGACAACACCACCGUACUGCUGCGUGGAUCUGUAUUCACUGCGUACUGGGGAAAUGGUGAAGUCUAUUCAGUUUAAAACACCUAUUUAUGAUCUUCAUUGUAAUAAGCGGUAAGAGCCCUCUGAGGGCUCAGGCUUCAGGGAGCUGGACCUGAAGGAUGCCCAGCCCAAGGCAGACUUCACUUCUGGCCUUCUGCUGGAGCCCUCCUCGCACUAA